UUGGAGCUACACAGAAGCAGACUGGAGUUUAGGUGGAUAUUCCUUUACAGGUUUAUGGUGUUAGUUUAGGGGGCUGGACUUAUCACAGUGCUGAGUGUCCUGACUGGACGAAGGGUCAGUGUAGCACACAGAAACGCAGACGCCUUGUUGGAGCCUCAUCUUCAGCUAUGCGGUACAGUACAUGUCUUCUCUCUGUUCUGUUGCUUUGAGCAGUGGGUGUGCUAUUCCAUUCAAAAUGGCCUGAUACACUAUAUCACCAAAUGCUCCAAAACCGCCUGUGGUUUUUGGAAGGUGAAGAUGGAGCGAUGCUGCGUUUCUACAACACAAAGGCACUCCAACGUCAGUUAAGAAACAAUACCCUCUGUUUGGAGCAAAACAAUGGAAAGCUGGGUUCUCGAGGGAGACAGCUACUCAUUCCUCCGCACUGCUCCAUGUAACUUCAACCUGCAGCACCUGGAUGGGCCUAAUCGUGUGGAGAUCUUUGACAUCACUAGUAUCCCCAGCCAUCGUAGCGCCAUAUCUGAAACGACUUGCCUUUGUGACAUUUUUGGGGAUGACUGUGAGUCUCCUUCUCUCUCCAGCAGCUCGGCCUCUACCUCUUUUCUGAAAAAGGAUGUAGAUGAGCAAUUACCAGUAGAAGAUGUGAACUAUUCAUCAGAUUCAUACCAUACAGCUAAUGGUUCGGAGCAUCUGAGUGAUGGGAGUGACACAUUCGAGGACUCAAAAGACACAAAAGAUUUACUUUUAUCUGAGACUGAGGAAUCAAACACACCAGCAAGUGAUUUAAUCUUCACAAAUGACAAAAGUGAAGUUACUUCUGCAAAUGGCUCACCCAAGCCAACAGGAAACUGGCCAGAAUCUCGUUUGUCUCAGGACACCAGCCUAGUGCAAGCUGAAAAUUCAUCUCACCAGCAGCUGGGAACAUCAAGGUCUGAAUUUAGAGACACUAAUAUUAGAGUAACUGGUUCCACACAGGAGAUAAACUCUCCUGACCUCUUAUCUGAAAACAAGUGUAUUAGAGACCAGAGUCGUGCUACCUCGUCAGAGCUGAGGCAAAAUGGUUCAACAGAGGAGAUAAUCAGUCCUGACCUCAGGUGUAUAACGAAGCAGACAGAAAAGGAAACUUAUUCAACACAGAAGAUAAUCCCACCUGACUCCUCACCUGAAAAGAGGAGUAUAACAGAGCAGAGAGACACUACAACAUCUGAGGUAAGGGAAGCUGAUUCUACACAAGAGAAUAAAUGUUAUAAAAAGAGAGAAAGCACGUUUUCAGAAAACCGAGAUUCAGAGUCUUUUGGUAACUUGGCAUCAGAAGAUUCUCCUAAGGAGAAUAAUGAUCUAGGCUGGUCUGGUGAGGAAGAAGAAAAAAUCCCUUUGCCUGAUAUUUUACCUACAGAAAACUUCUCACUUGUUUGUGAAACAGUAAAAAGCGAGUCUUCUGUUGCUCUGCCUAACUUUUCAAAUGAUGGCAGUGACUUUACUCCUCUCCAGAAGACAGCUGCUGAUCCUUCUGCAAAAGAUGAAACACAAGAUCUGAGAGAAAUGGCGGUUUCACUGGAACAUGAGGAUGUACCGAAUAAAUUGGGAUACACAGGUACAUUUCUAUGUGAUAAUAAAGAUUCGGAUGACCCUAACACCGCAUCUCUACCUACUUAUGUUGUGGGUAAUGCAGAAAUAGAUGUAGCAUCUAUGCCUCAACACCUCACUAUUUCUUCUGAAACAAGAGAAACAGUAAUCUUACCGGAGCAUAGUACUUUGUCGUCCUUUUCAGAUGCAACAGAAGGACUGAUACCAUGUGUGAUUAGUGAGUUAUGCUCACCCUCUGGUUCUUCAUUGGAUGUUAGCUCCUCAGAGCCACCAAUAAUAAUACACUCACCUGUUGGUUUCACUCUCUGCCCGUCACCAGAACCCAAGAACAAGAUUUGGUCAGCUGGCCCAGAAGAUUUAACGUUCACUCCUGAGAACCAUGAAUGCGAUUAUAGGCUUACACCUACAGACAAAGGUUCUGUUUCCUCAUUUGAUUCCAAACUAUGCCCUACACCUGAGCCAAGAAGCAUUACUUCUACUCCAGAAAACAGACAAAAUGUCUUUAUAUGUGAAUUGAGUCCUGAAGCUUCUUCACUUGAACUUAGAUCUGCAGAAUGUUUUAUGUCAGCUACUUUUCCUACAAAGGAAGUUGCAGACAUGACUAUUCCAACUAUCUACAACCUUUCAUCAGUACAGGGAGGCAUGUCUAGUCCAUCAGCACCUUUGCCAAGAGAUAAUGUGUCCCCUGAUCUAAAGGGAACAAGAUAUACUGAAAGCCCUACAUCAAAUCUACUUGCCACAAAUGAGAUUACAAAUAUGACUAUCUCCUCUAACUUUUCAUCAGCAGACAGGUGCGUAAUUAGUCCACAUUCAACUAUAAGUAUACCGAGAUGUACAGAGUCUCCUGAUGUACACGAAAUAAGAUCCAUGGAAAGUAUUUCAACCAUACUUCCAAAUGAGAUACCAAACAUGGCCAUCUCACCUGUCUCCAGCCUUUCAUCAACAGAAGGAGGCAUAUCUAGAUCACCUUCAACUUUAAGUAUACCAAGAGACACAGCAUCUCCUGAUGUAGAUGGAAUAAUAUGUGGGAGAAGUCCUGCGUCAACUACAAUUCUCACAAAUGAGACUACAAUUAUAGCUAUCUCACCCCUCUCCAACGAUUCACCAACAGGAUCAACUUUAAGUAUAAAGAGAUAUGCUCAAAGCGCUAUGCCAACUAUGCCUCCUAUAAAGGAGCCUGAAAAAGUGGUCAUCACACCAAUUGCACACAUUUCAUCGACAGAGGGAGGUAUAUCUAGAUCAACAUCAACUUUAAGUAUACCAAGAGAUACUACGUCCCCUGAUGUAGGGGGAACAAGAUGUGUGGAAAGUCCUAUGUCAACCAUACCUCCCAUAAAUGAGACUACAAAUAUGGCCAUUUCACCCAUCUCCAACCUCUCUUCAACAGAGGGAAGCAUAUCUAGACCAUCAUCAACAUUAAGUAUACCAAGAAAUACAGUAUCUCCUGAUAUAGAUGGAAUCAGAAGUGUGGAAAUACCUACACCAACUACAUUCCUCACAAAUGAGAUGACAAUUAUGUCCAACUCACCCAUCAACUUUUCAUCAAUAGCAAGCAUAUCUAGACCACCAUCAAAUUUAAGUAUACCAAGAGAUGCUAUGUCCCCUGAUGUACAGGAAACAAAAUACACAGAACAAUCAAUUGAGAUUCCCACAAAUGAGACUACAGAUUUGGCCAUUUCACCCAUCUCCGACCAUUCAACAACAGAGGGAGGCAUAUCUAGAUCGCUAUCACCAUCAAGUAUAUCAAGAAAUACAGCAUCUACUGACGGAGGUGGAUUAAGAUGUGUAGAAAGUCCUACAACAACCAUACUGCCAACAAAUGAGGAUCCAAAUAUGGCCAUCUCACCUGUCUUUAAUAUUUCACCAACUCAGGAAGGCCUAUCUAAUCCACCAUCAACUUUAAUUAUACCAAGGGAUACCAUGUCCCCUGAUAUAGAAGGAACAAGAUACACUGAAAGAGCAAAUGAGAUUCCCACAAAUGAGAUAAAUAAGGCCAAUUCAUCAAUCUCAAACCUUUCAUCAACAGAGGGAGGCAUAUCUAGACCAUCAUCAACUUUAAGUAUACCAAGAGAUACUUUGUCCCAUGAUGUAGAUGGAAUAACAUGUAUGAAAACUUCUACAUCAACCAUACUUCCCACAAACAUUGGCAUCUCACCUGUCUACAAUCUGUCAUCAACAGAGCGAGGCAUAUCUAGACAACCAUCACAUUUAAGUAUACCAAGAGAUACUACAUCCCCUGAUGUAGAAGGAACAAGAUACACUGAAAGAACAAAUGAGAUUCCCACAACUGAAAAUAAAAAUAUGGAUUUAUCCAUCUCCAACCUUACAACACCUUCAAUUAUACUAACAGAUAGAGUGUCUUCCCCUAAAAUGAGAUAUCAACCUGACAGGUUUAAUGAUCAAUUACCAGCACCCGAAAUGUGCAUACCUCUGGAAUACACAAAUAAUCACCUUUCAACCACAGUCAAUGAGAAGGUAGAUCAUCCAUUAAAGGUACCAGUUGAUGUAGGUCAAAUAGAUGAUACUGUCUACAAAAAGUCCCUUAAAAGUUGCAGUCUACCUCGGGAUGAUUGCACAGACAUUGCUUCAAUACCUUGCAGCCAAACUGCUACAAUAAGUGAUUCAUCACCUGAGCGACCUGCUCCCAAAUUAUCUGUAAAACAAAUAAAAGAAAGUUGGGAAAGGAUGAAUGAGAACAUUUUAAAUUCUCUGAAUCCAUGGCAAACACCCAAAAAGCUUUUACCAGUACCUACUGCAAAGGAAGCAAAGGAAGGUAAUGACAGUGGAAUAGAAAUGUUGGAAAGAGAAUCAGCAGGUAGUGAAAAAACAUUUGGGCAGAUGGCUAUGAGACCUGGGGAAAGCCCCAGUGUUUUACAUAGUAACAAUCAUAGCAUGUAUGAAGGACAGUCAUGCAGGAACAAGGGGUGGAGUGGGGAAAGGGUGAUACAGGAGGAGCAUACAUUAGGAAAAGGGGUGGGGAAUAUAGCAGGGGGUAGUUACAGAGGGGAACAGGUUGAGCUGUCAUUCAGGACCAGGAAUAGAAAAGGGCCUGCAAACUGCAGCCCUGCUCCCUCAAUCCGAGACCCAAAGUCUGGAAUUCCGCCUUGCUAUUUUCAGUCUCCCCUGGCAACUCGGCGGCAACAGAGUCUUCUCAGAGCAGAGAACUUGCAAAAAGAGAACAAGACUGGUGCCAGGAGGGUCCGAUCGACUUCUCAAAGCAAUCCCCGUGGUGCUGGUCGUCAUUCUUCAGAAUGUACUAGCGAGACUUCCAGUAUGGGAAGUGAAUUUGAUGACGCAGACAGUGAGGUGAAGUGGUUCACAGACCAGGCCUUCAGGAGCUUAUCUAGCCCUCAGGUGGACUACUUGGAUGUCUACAAUUCAAGCCGUGGGUCAUCUACAAAUAUUUCACAGCCUUCUACAGUUGACAGUUCAGGUUCUGCUACAUGGAUUUCCUAUGCAGAUUUGCAUGACUCUUUACGUGAAAGUGAUGACGUCUUAUGUCAUACUUCUUCUUUUUUACCCCAUGGUACACUAGACCCAGCAAAGCGUAUUGAGAUGGGUAGUUUUGAAUGCGUGGAUGUAGCAGUGGAGAACAAGGAGGAAACCAGGAGAGGAAAAAGGAUGGUACCAAAAAGACAGAUCCAAUUUAAGAGACGAAACUUUGAUGAACUAAAAUCUACUGAGAGUAAAGGAAAAGCUUUGGAUUCACUGGCCACACAGACCUGUUCGUGGGACACAUUUGUUCGUCAACAUAGCACCCCAGCAUCAAUGCAGGAAGGUCUGGUUCAAGGUGAACAUGAAAUAAAAACUGGUAAGAAGAUGCUCCAGAAGUCUGCAUCUUUAGAUGAAAGUUCACCCAAGAGUAAAAUGGCUUCCAGCAUUAUCAAAAGUGUUCUCUCAAAGAAAAUGGACACUAAGAAAGAAUCUUCAAGAAGUGAACCAUUUGAGAAUAAAAAGAAACACAUUGAAACUCUCUCUGCAGGGGAAUCAAGUACUGCAGAGAGGCAGAGUUCCAGCCUACACUCUGAAUGCAGUUUGUCCUCUGAGGACUUUGCAGGCAAAGAGGAAAGAAGCCCUCAUCCUCAGAAGAGGAGCUACAGGCCCAAGGUUCCCCCCAAGCCAGUGUUCAAAGCUAACUCUUUACCUAUUAACAACAACCCUGCAGGUGUUGCAUUUCAGGGUAAAACCUUAUGGAAGGAUCAGAUAAGACCCAUAACAGUUGAUGCCAUUGAAAGCAAAAUAUCUAAGAAACAGAUCUCUGGGAACAGUGAGGAGGAGGAGGAAAGUAAGGUGGAAGAGAAAUACAGCAUUGACUCAGGAAGUGGCAUUAACCGGACCCCAAAGUGUACUGCAAUUUGUGUUGCAAGCACACGGAGCAGAAUGACAAACAGUGACAACAAAGACCCCAUGACACAGGAAACCCAUAAACAACAGGAGGGCAGCAGCAGUAUGUUCUUGUCAAAAACCCCUGAAAUCACUCUCAAGUCUUGUACCAUCAAGGAUAAAAAUAAGUCUUCCUUGAAGGCAUCUCUCUGUCCUGAACUGGAAACAUCCAAAGAUACCAUACAUGAACCUCAGUUGGAGGAAACACUUGAAGAGCAAAUGAGACUCAAAGCAGGGGUUGAGGCAGACAUUGAAGAAGGUAGUGAAAAAAACAAGACAAAAUCUGUUAUACAUAAAGUAAGGGAUGUCAGGAAGCUGGUAAAGAACACCUACAACCUGUCCUUCAAAGUCUCAAGUACCACUCAGCAUGUAGAGGAUGUAGUACCUGAAAAACAGAAGGAAAUGCAACCAGAAAAUCCUCAUCCUUUGCAAAUUGAAUGCAAAGCUAUCAGCUGGAAAGACAAGACAACAUCUUGCAAUAAAUCAAACACCCAACAAGAUGAAGCUCAUACUGCUGACAAAUCAAAGAUGACACAAACGGAUUCACCGAUACAAAAUGAUAUAGAUAUUACAAAAAUAACAACCAAGGCUUCCUUGCCCAACAUUCAACAUUCUGAUGUGGAUUUGUUUGUUGGUUUGGAUAAAUGCAACAGCAUAUCCAAAUCUGGUGAUUGUGAACAGAGUACAAAACUCGAAAUGCCUUCUAGACCAUCAAGUAAGGAAAUAUCAACGUUAGUAUUUCUGCAGGAUGUCACAUCCAAGUCUAUGCAGAAGACAACAAGCCCUACUUCCCCCAAUGUAAAAACUGCUAACAGUAGCCAUUCUGUGUCAAUGCUACGGAAAGAAAAGGGGAUGCAAGCUGACAUUGGGGUGUGCGACGUCCUGAGUGAAGGGGCAGGUGCUAAAGCUAAGCAUAUCAACAGGAUAGAGGUCCCCUUGCAGAUCUAUGCAUCAGAGGGAACCUCAGGUGAAUCCCAGAAAGUUCAAAAAGAAGAUGCUGAUUUACCUCCUGAACAGAAGACAUCCCUAAACAGUGGUCUACAGACAAGUGAAGGUACCUUACAGGUUAGGAGUUCGCCAAAGCCUAAGGAAGUGAGAGUACUUCCCAACGGAAAAACAGGAGACAACCAGAGUCAAGGAGAUUUGUUAGAACCUCCAAAAGAACAAGACAUUACAGUUGCUGCAUCAAGCAAGGUGGAGGUAAGAGCAUUUUCUAGCAACACAAAAAUUCAUGCAAUGCCAGUAACAACAUCUAAAGAGAUUGAGUUACCCAUUCAAGUGAGAUCAAUAUCCACUGACAGACCCAAACCAUCUGUGCUGCCUAAACCAAGCUAUAAACAACCCUUUGCAGAAAUUAGGUCAACAUCAACCGACUUUCCUAAAACAGACAUCACACCAACAACAUCUAUUUUAAAAGAGAAAACACAUUUAAAGAGUGAUGUUAAAAUAAUUGAGACAUCAGCAAUAGUGCUGCACAAUGAGCAGUCCACCAACGCUGCAUCAAGCGAUACAAAAACUUUAGCGGUGUCAGCUGUGUCCAGCCACAAGCCUCAAACUAUCCCAAUCAGAACAAUGUCAUGUUCUGCUCAGAAAUCAACAGCCACUACAGUCAGGCAAGAAGCAUCUGUCACUUCAGUGCAAAACUCCAGCAACCAGCAACACCAGAACAUUCAAGAACAGGUGAUGGCAGCAACUUCUUAUGCAUCUAAUUAUCAAACCUUACCAGUAGUUUCACAAGCCAAUACCUACAUGCAGCCUAUAAUGACAACAUCAUCUAAUAACCAGUUACAUACAGAUGACUUUCAUUUCCCUACAUCAGAUGAUCCACCCAGCUAUGAUGAACGAGAAAGUUUUAGCCCCUUGCCGCUUUCUGAUUUGCCCCCAAGAAGGCAGAACAGAUACCAUCCUACCACCAAACAUUCUCUUUGCUCCUGUACAUCAUGUACCCACCCUCAAUUUGGCCAGACCUACCAUGGCUCACAAAACCAGACACCACCAGCCCCUCGCUCACCAGGUCAGGUGAUUUCAUACCCUGGAGCUCCACCACAGGCCCAGGUCCGUCCUCAUCAGUGCAGACCAGAUGUCCAACCCUCAAAUUACCCAUCUGUCUCACCGAAAGCUACAGUACAACAGGCUCCAGCCAUGAUUCAGCCCAUGCACCACUCCCAUACCUGCCCUGCACCAGCCAUACAACCCUAUGGUAAUGAGCAACAGCAACCUUCUACUCAGCACAUGGACAGACGUUCAGGUAAUCAACGUUCACCACAAGCUCCAAGUGGGGCAACUUAUCAGGAGCACAGUCGUUCACCUAAUAUAGCUGCUCUGGACCCUAGAUCCCAGUUUUUCAAUCCACAAGAACUACCACAAUCUUUUGGUCAUGAAUAUGGAAGUGAUGGUCCUGGGGGUGGAGGUGUGUUGUACCCAGAAAAUGCAAGUGGGAUUGGGUAUGGUCAAAGUCCCCGUCGUGUACUUCUAGAUCCUGAAACUGGGAAGUACUUUUACAUUGAAGUGCCAAUGCAGCCACUGAGAAAAAUGCUGUUUGAUCCAGAAAUUGGCCAAUAUGUGGAAGUUCUCAUACCACAACAGGCUAUGUCCAAUUCUAGUAUGUAUCCUCCAACUGCUGCUCCAUACCAGGGUCCAUACCCUGGUCAAGGGUUAUAUGCAUCCCAGUACCUUCCAUAUGCAAUGCCACCCCAUCCCCAGUCUGCCCAGCAACCACGACAUCCAGAGCCCUCUGUCCCGACAUCACUCCAACAAAACACCAUGGGAUAUGGAAGCUCAGCAAGCCAGGCGCCAAAAUCGGACGUAAAAGGACAUCCAUCGCUGGAUCACAGCUAUUUAGAGAGCAUGUAUUACAUUCCUACUGGGAUGAAUGCAAGCCCAAAUUCUACCCCUUCAGACUGCUACCACAAACCAGCAACAAAUAUGCCUGCUGCUGGUGGCAGGAGGGCAUGAAAUAGUCCAAGAUUUUGCAUUUAUAGUAUGUGGUGCUAUGCAAGCUUUUAGGUAAGGUUACCAGGAGCUUGUAACAGAUUACACCCAGUAAAACUAUUUACUAAUUUUACUGACCUUGGGGAAUUAUAAUAACUCGAUAAGCAUUAUUAUUAGCACCUACUUCACUUCACACCAGCUAUCCCAGGUGCAGUCCAAGCAUGUUCCUGAAUUUGUAGAUAUUAAUUCCAAAUUUAAAUAUUUACACUAAAACAUAAUUCACUGUAAGUGAAUAGUUAGAGCAGUUGGAUAGGUGAAUAUGUACACCAACGGAUAAACAAUUAAACAUUAUAGAAGGUACCGAAUGCUUUCUAAUGAUAACAGCUUACCAAAUUAUAUUUUUACACACAGUUUUACCAAAUUAAAGGUAUUUGUUCACCACUACAA